AUGUCCCCUUUUUUGAGGCUGUCGGCUACUACAAACAAGCGCGAGCUGGAGAACCCGGCCGAGUCGGGAUCACCGGUGAAGAAGGCCAAGGUCGGGUCGGACGGCCUGGUGGCGCUCAACAACCGGCAUCUUGUGGCCAAGCAGGAGGAGGCUGCGGCGCGCGGCGAGGUGUUUGUGGACCAUCUGUACCACCUUGGGCUCGACUCGUCAAUGCCGCUGCAGGAGCAGUUUGGCAAGACGCGAUUUGUGGUCAUGGGCGGCUCGCCGGUGCGUGCGCUCGACGUGGCCCAGCUGGUGUACCAGUUCAUGGGCGUGGCGGCGCCGCAGCCGAUCGAGCCGUUUGGCAAGACCGAGCGGUACUCGAUGUACAACUGCCAGCUCGGCGAGGUCAAUGUCCUCUCCAUCUCGCACGGCAUGGGCCAACCGUCGCUCUCUAUCUGCCUCCACGAGAUGGCCAAGCUGAUGCACUACGCCAAGGCCCGCAACGUGGCCUUUAUCCGGGUCGGCACCUCGGGCGGCGUGGGCGUGGCGCCGGGCACGUGCGUGGUGGCCAAGUCGGCCGUCUCGGGCCUCCUCGAGCCGUUCUACUCGCUGGACAUCCUCGGCAAGACCCACCAGUUCCCGGCCAACUUUGACAGCCAGCUCGCCGACGACAUCCUGGCGUGCGCAGGCGACGACAUUGCCGCCGUCGCCGGCAUCACCUGCGGUACCGACUGCUUUUACGAGGGCCAGGGACGGCUCGACGGCAUGGUCGCCGACUACUCGCGCGACGACAAGCUCGCCUUUCUGCAAAAGGCGCACGAGGCCGGCGUGACCAACUUUGAGAUGGAGUCGACGUGCCUCGCAGCGCAGACCUCGCGCUGGGGCAUUUCCGCGGCCCUCGUGUGCACCACGCUCCUCAACCGCCUCGACGGCGACCAGGUCACCUCGACGCCCGAGCAGCUCAAGCAGUUCUCGCUCAACGCGCAGACCCUUGUCCUCCGCUACAUCAAGAAGCAGCUCAUUGCCGAGGGCCUGCUUCCUGCCGACGCGUAAACCUUGCACCACACAGCC